AUGGCAGAACGGCGCAUCACUGAAGAGAAUCCAAUCCGAGAGGAUGUGGAAGGACUCGAUUAUGAGCGCUGUGCGGCGCUUCACAACCAUAUUGUAGAGCGCGGGUGGACUGAGCGCGGACUGAACCUCGCCGAUCUUGAUCGGACGACGUGGUGGGAUUUCCAUAAAGGCGACAACGCGUUUACUAAGCAUGUCGAGCGUCUAGAGCCAACGGUCAUCGCAUUCUUGAAGCUUGCAUGGGAUGAAUUUUACGAUGAACAUCGCUACAUCGCGCUCCACCAUGCCAUGGGAGAUACGUGCAUAAGUCAUCCUCUUGGACUCCACUUGAGUAUCUGGGAUGCUGAUGUCACUAUGAAUGGACGCCAACCCCGGGUAAAAUUUGAGACCGUGCUCGAGACCUUUCUAGAGAUGAUGGAUUGUGGGAAAAUUGUCGCGGUAAGCGAUUCCUAUCGCAGCCAACAGGAGAGACAAGACCCAUGGAUCAUGCCAUCCUACACAGAAGAUGACCUGAAAGACUCACUCGCGGCUUUCAGUGCAUUGAUUACGGCGAUCGAGGUGAGGAUGCCGUCGCCGCCGAGAGAAUCCGAUUACGAAGUCGGCCUCCUCGAUCCGGCCGAUAAAGCUACAUUUGGAACUUUCCCUCCUAGAAGCUUUGCUCGUCGCUUCCUUGAGCGUGCUCGAAGACCACGGUUCCGCUAUCUCGCCCCUGGACUGCAGCUUGCUUGGUCUCAGCCUCUUGCUUCAGUAACCAUUGAGGAUGACAUGCUCCGACCGAUCCUGCUAUUUCAAUCAUCAGAGCUAGCGCAUCGUGACACAGCAGACUCCAUGGGGCGAAACAGCGAAUUCUUCCCGGUCUCAAAUUGCCCGGCUGGUCUCUUCUUGACGGAAACCAAGCCCUAUGAAUGGCACCCGUGGGAAGAUGGUUGCAUGUUGCUGCUCCCAUUCACUAUCGGGGAGAAUGGCUGGGCGCGGAAAAGUAAUGGCGAGUUGAUGGGCGAGCAUCGGCAGGACGAAGGUGAAAAUCCAGGUAGAACGCCAUGCAGCACCGAUUUAUUCCAGCUGGGACAUAAUGUGUUCAUCAGGAAUCAUAACGUGCAGCUCAAGAAUGUGCUUUGGCUUUGGACUGAGAUGGUGGAGGAAGGCAUGUGGGAAGUUGACAGCGACGGCAUCAAAGGCGGAAUGGAGAAGUGGAAGGAAGCUGACACCGAGGAGCACUGGGAGGAUUAUGUACUCCCGCUUGAUUGGUAG